UUUUUUUUUCUCCAGAGAGAAAAUUCUCGCAAGAUUUUGUUUUUGUUUUCCAUUAAUUUGACAGAUUUUUUUUAGGUUUUUUAAAGAUUUUCUUAUUAAUUUAUUUAAAAAAUGGUUUCUCCGCCUACUGAGGAAAUUAUGCGUAAAAGACUUAUGAGUGUUAAUUCUACCCAAGAAUCAGUUCAAACUUGUUCAAAAUGGUUGCUUCAUCAUAGAGAAUCUAUUGAUAAAAUAGCCAAUUGUUGGAUGGAUAUUUACAAACAAACAAACGAUAAACUCCGAAUCGCUCUAAUUUAUGUGCUUAAUGAUGUUGUACAAAAAGCAGCUUGUAAACGUGACAUUAAUGUUACUUUAACCUUUCAUCCUCAUUUAAUUAAUGCAACAACAAUUUCUAGUGUAACUGUUAAAAAGGCCAUUUCUCGCUGUGUUGAAGUUUUCGGAGAAAGAAAUGUUUAUCCGGCUCAUAUAAUUGAGGAAAUGAAGACGGCAUUAGGUAAGCUAAUUUUAAAAGGAACUUUUAUUGGAUAA